AUGUAAUAGAAAGUAGAAGUAGAAAAAAAAUCCUUAUAAAAAAAAAACUAGAUAGGAAAAUGUUUUAUAAUGGUUAUCAAAAAGGACUAUAGAAAAUAUAUUUGGUGCAACGAAUAAUUCAAUCUUGAUACGGAUGUAUCGGAAAGUCUUUAAGACAAUGUGUAACAUAACGUGUAGGAAGGCCUGCAUGAUUCUCGUCGGGUUGUUCUUCCUAUUAACAUUCACAAGUUAUAUGCUUUUCUUUAACCAUGGAGCUCCAGAAGAAAUAAUGACAGCUAACAAGGGGAACAAACACCCUAAGUUCCGGCAUUACGCUGAGCGGGACGCUAAACACAUGGACGAGCUGGAGAAAGACAUUGCUGCUGAAGAGAAGAAAGCUAUAGAAUAUUGGGACAACUUUAUUCAGAAGAAUAAUUUUGUGUCAAUAGGGGAGAUUUAUGACAAUUGUGAUGAGAAGGACCGUAUGAUGGUGGGACGGACGAUUCUUAUACCUGACGUCAGAUGGGGAGGAUUGAAGGGUGUGACGUCACGCACGUUCAUUAACAUAACAUUGGACGAAGAUCUGGAAGAUGGUCGGUUCUACCUCGAGGUGAAAUACAACGGGAAUGAUUUAUUUGCCCGCAACUGGGAAUUAUGCAACCUGGACGAGGAUUAUGGGGAUGAAAGGCAGAUAUACUGCCCCUUCACAUCAAAGGAUUAUUCGUUCGUAAAAGAUCGACAAAUCCCCAAAUAUCUGCCGAAGGGUCGGUACGAGACGAAAGGUUGGAUUACGGACCAAAAUGACCAGGUUGCCAUCUGUGGAUUUGCUGACUUCACACUCUGAAGACAUUACAUCGAUCGAGUGCCGUGAUGUUUGAAUAGGAGGACAAUUCGAAACAUAAAUGCGUGUGAAUAUUAAUUUUCUCUGCGGGUAUGGGGCAUUAAUUGGGGUUUUCAUAUAAGUAUUAUGUUUGUUUGAAUGUGGAAUCAACAGAGGACUUCUUUAAAAUUGACUUGACUGAAAACAUAACUGAACAAUGUAUUGAUAUUUUUUGUGUAUUUUGUGCAGUAUGUUUGGGUCGUAAGUUUGCUAUGUUCCCCAACCCAUGCUAGUUUAGCCACUAAACAAGCUCAUUCACCUGUACAUGUUUUGUCUAUUAUAGCUUGCGGCCAUCAUCCUUUAUUGCUGUAACAGUCUUUUGUUUACUAUGGUUGUUUCCGUUAUGUGUCUUUUAGGUCUUAAGCGUUGUGAUUCUUAACUGGUUUAAAGUUAAAUAGUAUUUUUAGUAGUUACUAAUGUAUGUUUGUUACGGUACAACCUUUUAUAAUUAUCAAAUUAUGUUAAAUGUCAAUUUAUGAAACGUCAAUUUGUACAACAUUAGGAACUUACGACAGAAAAUGGUGUUUUGUUUUCUUAUCAAAAUCAUUCUUUUUCCACCUCUUAUGAAUUGUUUGCCUCGUUUUAUAUUCUAACGCCACUUUGUAAUACCGUAAUCAAGGUAACAGGUAGAAAUUACAUAUAUGCAAUUAUAACUCUCUUCAUUAUCCAUAAUCAGGUUUAAACCAUCCGUGAUUUCCGCUGUUUAAAGACGGUUACAACAAUAUCCAUUAAUAAAGAAAUGUUAACGUAUGUGUAGUUUGUCUUUGUUGUUUUGUAAUGCAGUGUACAUCCCGCUUUGUGACGUAGUGUACAUCCCGCUUUGUGACGUAGUGUACAUCCCGCUUUGUGACGUAGUGUACAUCCUGCUUUGUGACGUAAUGUACAUCCUGCUUUGUGACGUAGUGUACAUCCGGCUUUGUGACGUAGAGUACAUCCCGCUUUGUGACGUUUUGUACAUCCCGCUUUGUGACGUAGUGUACAUCCCACUUUGUGACGUAGUGUACAUCCGGCUUUCUGACGUAGUGUACAUGCCGCUUUGUGACGUAGUGUACAUCCCGCUUUGUGGCGUAGUGUACAUCCGGCUUUGUGACGUAGUGUACAUCCCGCUUUGUGACAUAGUGUACAUCCCGCUUUGUGACGUUUUGUAUAUCCCGUUUAAUGACCUUAAUUAAAUCCCGUUUUAUGACGUUGAGUAUAUUUCGUUUCAUUACAUUGUGUUUAUCCCGUUUAGUGACAUUGUGUAUAUCCCGUUAAGUGACGUUGUGUACAUCCCGUUUUGAUGGUGUUUUGUAUAUUCCGUUCCCAUUUUGUGGCGUUUUGUAUAUCCCGUUUUGUGGUGCUUUGUAUAUCUCGUUUUGUGGUGUUUUGUAUAUCCCGUUAUGUGGUGCUUUGUAUUUCUCGUUUUGUGGCGUUUUGUAUAUUCCGUUUUGUGGUGCUUUGUUUAUGCCGUUUUGUGGCGUUUUGUAUAUCCCGUUUUGUGGCGUUUUGUAUAUCCCGUUUUGUGGCGUUUUGUAUGUCCCGUUUUGUACAUUGUGCCUUUUAACAGGAUCUUCGUUAACUGGUUGGUCGCUGAGCUUGUCUCUCAAGUGACCAUUGUAUAUUUACUUCAAUUGUGACAUCAUGUAUAUCUCUGUAUUGUGGUUUGCGUUUUCAAAGAAAUGUUGAGUUUCUUGUUCAUCAAACAAAGUCUGUGAUAUUUUGGGCUGUGUCAGCAACUCUUUCAUAUUUAUUAAAGCACACGUUGUAUUAACUGAUUCACAAAUGCAAAAAAAUGACAAGUAGAAUAGUCUGUAUAUACAUUUGAUUUUAUUUAUUUGUAAAUAAUAUGUUAUUCCAAAUUAAACUAAUUUUUAUGUGCAAUAAUAUAGCAAAUGUAAUAAAUA